GAUCGUUAGCCAAAUAUUUUUUAAUUCCGAAAUCCGAUUUUAUGUGCAUUUCAAAUUUGUGAACUUUUUUUUACUAUUUCAAUUGAUACAUACAAUCAUAAUCGCCAACGUCAACGAUAAAAGUGUUCCCGCUACUACUGUGGAAGUCCUUACUCGAGGUGUCCGUCGCGUCGCAUUAAAUAUCAUCAUUGCUGUGCUGUGAUUAUUCUUUAAAAGCGGUGUUUUGCAAUAAGGAUUCAUUUAUUUUUGGAUCGAAGGUUAAUUACUUUCUUUUAAGUUUUUCUUUUGUGUGGAGAUUUUUUUCUUCAACGCUAUUGAAGAGAGCGAUUGAAAGAAGCGUGAAAAAAUAAAUCGUAUCCAACAGAUCGGAAAAUGAAUUCUGGUGGACCAAACUAUCAAAUGGCAUCACUUUACGUAGGCGAUUUGCACCAGGAUAUAAAUGAAGCUGGUUUAUUUGAAAAAUUUUCCACCGCUGGUCCGGUAUUAUCCAUUCGAGUUUGCCGUGAUGUAAUUACACGUCGUUCACUGGGCUAUGCCUAUGUAAACUUCCAGCAGCCAGCCGAUGCGGAACGCGCUUUAGAUACUAUGAAUUUCGAUUUAAUACGAAACAAGCCCAUUCGCAUUAUGUGGUCGCAGCGUGAUCCAUCUUUGCGUCGGUCGGGCGUAGGAAACGUAUUUAUUAAAAAUUUGGAUAAAAGUAUCGACAAUAAAGCGAUUUACGAUACAUUUUCUGCGUUUGGCAACAUAUUGAGUUGCAAAGUUGCCACCGACGAAAAGGGUAAUUCCAAAGGAUAUGGUUUUGUCCAUUUUGAAACCGAAGAAUCGGCUAACACUUCGAUAGAAAAGGUGAAUGGCAUGCUGUUGAAUGCUAAGAAAGUCUACGUAGGUAAAUUCAUUCCACGUAAGGAGCGCGAGAAGGAAUUGGGAGAAAAAGCAAAACUGUUUACUAAUGUGUACGUAAAGAAUUUUGGCGAAGAUUUUGAUGACGAGAAGUUGAAGGAUUUAUUUGAACCUUUCGGAAAAAUAACCAGCUAUAAGGUAAUGGUUAAAGACGACGGCAAAAGCAAAGGUUUUGGAUUUGUUGCCUAUGAGACCACCGAAGCAGCUGAAGCCGCUGUCGACGCAUUAAAUGGCAAGGAUAUGGGCGAGGGCAAAGUACUAUACGUUGCUCGUGCACAGAAAAAAGCAGAACGCCAACAAGAACUAAAACGCAAGUUCGAAGAAUUAAAGAAGAAACGACAGGAAUCGGUAUUUGGUGUUAACUUGUAUGUCAAGAAUUUGGAUGAUAGUGUAGACGAUGAGCGUCUACGCAAAGAGUUCUCCAUGUAUGGUACAAUUACCUCUGCCAAGGUUAUGACCGACGAAGAGGGUCGUUCUAAAGGUUUUGGAUUUGUCUGUUUCAUUUCGCCAAACGAAGCAACCUGUGCCGUCACUGAAGUGAAUGGCCGUGUGGUGGGUUCGAAGCCAUUAUAUGUUGCUUUGGCUCAACGCAAAGAAGACCGUAAAGCACAUUUAGCAUCGCAAUACAUGCGUCACAUGUCUGGCAUGCGUAUGCAACAAUUGGGUCAAAUAUUCCAACCUAACACAGCUGGCGGUUUCUUCGUACCAACCAUGGCGCCAGGUCAACGCUUCUUUGGUCCACAAGUGACCCAACCAAUUCGCAACACCCCACGAUGGGCACCACAAGUGCGCCCCGCCGCUGGCGUACAAGGGGUCACACAAGCUGGAGCAGCAGCCGCCGCCGGUAGCUUCACAAAUGCCGCUAUGGCAGCAACUGGUAACGCUCAGUUCCGCCCAACAGCUGGUGCUGCUCGUGGCCAACCGCAGGCAGUUCAAGGAGCACACGCUGCAGCCGCCGCUGCCAACACUAUGCGCAAUACUGGCGCACGCGCUAUCACCGGUCAGCAAACCGUCGCUGCGGGCAAUAUACCAAUGGCUGGAGCACCGAUUACAGCUGGUGGAGCUCAGCAACGCGCUGCCAAUUAUAAAUAUACCGCAAACAUGCGCAAUCCACCACCACAAGCGGUCCAACAACAACCACAAGUGCAGCCAAUGCACCAAAAGGGUCAAGAGAAGUUAAUCGCUUCGUUGUUGGCUAAUGCUAAACCACAGGAGCAGAAACAAAUUUUAGGUGAACGCUUGUAUCCGAUGAUCGAGCGCAUGCAUCCACUAAUGGCUGGCAAGAUAACUGGAAUGUUGUUAGAAAUUGAGAAUUCUGAAUUGCUGCACAUGAUCGAGGAUCAAGACGCAUUGAAAGCUAAGGUUGAAGAAGCUGUUGCUGUGCUGCAGGUCCAUCGUGUUGCUGAGCCAACCAAUUAAAAACGUCUUCAUCAAAAUCACACCAUUCUAAACGAACUAAAAAGUUUAGUAACUUCAUAUAUGUUAUUCAUAUUGCUUCUAGCCUCAACAUCAAAAAUUAGUUAAAACACUUUUAGCUCAAAACAAAAUUGAAAACAAAACGACAAAAAACACCGAAAUGGAACUCAUUAUUCAAUUCAGAGUGAAAACUUCAGGUAGAUAUGAUAUAGAUAUGUGUAAUAUUGUUUACAAAUUCAAAACUGGAUAAUGAGAACCAAAUCGAAAUAGUAACACCCUUUAACAUUCGCUUCAAAUCGUUUGUAAAUCUUCAACUUUUAUGAUUUUCCCAUAACAAUUAAGAUUCACGCCUCUUCGCUUCUAAUUUCAGUUAAUUACCUUUUCAAUUCAACCAAUCAAAACGCAAGCAUUUUUAAUAUCCAUACAAUCGAUACAACACCAUAGCGAGUAAUGCAAAUUCGAAAAUCCGAAAUGGGGCAUGUACGCAGUCAUUUUAAAACUUCGUAUUGAGAUUAUAUGAAAUUCAAGAACUAAAACUGAAAAUAAAAAGCUAAAUGUUGGAAUAGCAGACAAAUUCCAGCCAAGAGUUCGAAAGGUGGCACGCCGAAAGAAACAAAAGCAAACCCGAAAACCAAAAGAAAUGGUUUGAAUUUUAUAGUUUCUUAAAAUUGCAAUAGUUUCCAUAAUCUCUCGCGCGAUGAGGUAAUUUUAAUGUAUUUUUUAUAACCACCACCAAUUACAACAACCAAACUAAACUCAUACAAGCAUUGCAAACAAUACCAAAUUUUCAUAUUUUUCACUUGAAUAAAAAUUUGUUUUUGUCAUUUACUUGAAGUAAAUGUGUUUCAGUACAGAACGAACACCUUGCAAUGGGGGUUAGACAUUUGGAAACUGUACUGAUUUGUAAAAAAUUUGGUUGAAUUGAAGGGAACUUCAUCAUUUAUAUACUUGAGAAGCGACAGGGCAGGCUUAGGUAAACAAAAGUAAUUAACAUGUAUGUAAGAGAGAAAUAAUUGAAAAAAUCAAACAAAAAAAUUGCAAAAGCAUAUUAAAAAAUGAAAAGUUUGGGGAGUGUGGUUGUUGAGUAUAUAAGUAUAAUAUAAUUGAUAAUAAUAUCAACUCAAAAGUCAUCCACUCUCUGAAUGUAUUAAAACUAAAAACAAGACGAGAAUAGAAUUGCUUGUAAAAAAGUAAAGUGUUGAAUAGGGCGAUGGAGGUAAACGUUCAAUGAUUUUUUGCUACUUUAAACAAAUAUAAUAAAAAUUGAAAAGAUAUAAGUCAGACACAAUCGCUGACGAGCAGAACUUAAAAAUAAAAACAAAAAAAAUCGCAAAAUUAAUAUAAAAACGGUCAACAUUGACCAGAAAAACACAAUACAUACAAUGAAUGAAAUAACUGAAUUAUAAAUAUAUAUACAACUUUUAUCAAAUAUAACAAACAUAUAUGUAAGACCAUUGAUAAAUUUCAAUGCCGAACUGCGUAGCAUUUUCAAAUGCGCCCAAUUAAAUGAAAUAUGUGAAUGCACUUGCAAAAUACAGGGUGGACCACAAGUCCCAUUACAUUUGAGAAUGGGAGGGUGCGAUGGACGGCGGACGGAUGGAUACAGUGUGAUGAAAAUUUGCAAAUAGUUUCCGAGUACACGUUCCGUGAAAAACCUUUUGGUCCGCCCUCAACACUUGUGAAAAUUUUAGUUAAACCAAUGGUAAAAAUUCAGUAAUAAAUCGAUUCCAAUAUUGAAUAAUAUUUUAAACAAACAAUAUGAAAAUUUAAUUAUACCUAUUUUGAUCUGGUGAAAUGAGAAUUUAAAUAAAUAAACUUUUGGCAAAAGA